AAAAUUUUACAAAAUCCAGUUGAACGGAAAGUUGAAACAUUGUUCGGCAGUCCAUCGGAUGUGCUGAUUGAAGGGACCAUUGAAGGAAUUCCUUGUGUCGUUCUGGCCAGACACGGGAGAAAUCACUCAAUUACGCCAUGCAACGUGAACUAUCGGGCAAACAUUUGGGCUCUGAAAAAAUUGGGGUGCACACACGUUAUCGCUUCCAGUGCGUGUGGCGGAUUACAAAAGUACACUCGACCGGGCGAUUUCCUCAUACUGGAUCAAUUCUACGAUCGUACAUUCGGGCGUGAUCAGAGCUUCUAUGCGGGACGAAAACCGUGCCUGGAAGGUGUGAUGCACGUCCCAAUGGGUCAACCGUUCUGUGAAGAGACACGAAAAGUAAAAUCCGCUCAUCCGUGCGUGCACACCCGUGGCUCGGGACUCACAAUCAACGGGCCGCGUUUCUCUAGUCGAUGCGAAUCGAAAAUUCACCAGAGCUGGGGUAUCGAUGUGGUCAAUAUGACUCUCGUCCCAGAAGUGGUUUUGGCACGCGAAGCUGGUCUGAGCUAUGCAAACAUGUCAAUCGUCACAGACUACGAUUCAUGGAAAACAGAUGUCGAGCAGGUAUGCGUACUUCGUUCGCCUUCUGUUGUUUUUCUUUCAUGUCUGCUCCCUGUUAUAUCACUUCUCUCAAUUACAGACGAAAUCCUUCACUCCAUGUGUAUUGGCUCAGGUUCAUACUUAUUCUCACUGAGACCAGUCCUCAGAAAACAUUACGCCCUAAACAAAUCACAGUACAAUAAUCCUUAUAACAGAAGAAGGUUCAUUGCUUGCAAAUGUACGGGAUACUGUUAG